AUGUUGAGAAAUACAGCAUUAAGAGGUGUCAGGUGGGGCAGCACUAGUGUUAAUACCGUUGGUGCUCGUCCACCUUUUAAAUUUAUGUUUCAAAAGGAGGCCAAGCCCAGCACGGGAAACAGUCUUAGGGCCACAAAUGGCAAAUGGAGCAGUUAUAAGUUACCUACACCAUCAGCAACAACUUCCAUACCAGACAUACGAAACGACACUGUGAAAAGUGUCACGCUAGGCAUACACAAUAAGGAAUCCCCCGCAGCAAAGACAAUGGCAGUACCAGUUAAGGAGAGAGCGCAUGAAGGGUUGAAGACCUCUAAUAAGGGCAAGAAAAGAAGACUUGUACCGCACAAGCAGCUCAUUUCACUGACCCCAGCUGCUGUGGCGCACCUAAGGUCGCUGUGUCAGCAACCAGAACCAAAAUUAAUACGGAUUAGCGCUAAACACCGUGGCUGUGCAGGUCUCAGCUACGAUUUAUCAUACAUAGACGCACCCGGUAAAUUUGACGAAGUAGUAGAACAGGACGGGGUACGUGUUGUGAUAGACUCCAAAGCGUUGUUCAGCGUGGUAGGGAGCGAGAUGGACUGGGUGGAGAACCGUCUAUUCAGCAAGUUUGUCUUCAAGAAUCCAAACUCCAAGGGCACGUGUGGGUGCGGUGAGAGUUUCAUGAUUUAG